AAGGUUAUCUAAAAGUCUUCGUCUAUCAAAAUUCAAUUGUUAUUGCGCUUAAUACAAUACAGUUAUCAAAGUCUAUAAAUAAUACACAAUAAAUUUCUGAAAAAUGAAAUUUAUACUGCUUAAUUGUUUCUUGUUGUCUCUUUGUUACAAAGAAGUUUUCAAUUGGAAAAUAUUUCACAAUGGAAGAAGUGUUGGAGGUAAUUUAGGAAAGCCAGGUGGUUAUAAAUUGCAUAGAGAUUACAGGAACUUUGAACGUUGGUUUACUCAAAACUUGGACCACUUCAACCCAGGAGAAGAGACUACAUGGCAACAACGUUACUAUGUCAACGACGAAUAUUUCACAAAUGGGCCCAAAAAUGUGGUGUUUUUAAUGAUUGGUGGUGAAGGUGAGGCCACAGCAGAAUGGAUGACAAAAGGUACAUGGAUCGAUUAUGCCAAGGAAUUUAAAGCUUUGUGUUUCCAAGUCGAACACAGAUACUAUGGUAAAAGCCACCCAACCAGUGAUUUAAGUGUGAAAAAUCUUCAAUAUCUGACCAGUCAACAAGCACUGGCUGAUUUGGCUAUGUUUAUUGAGACUAUGAAUAUGCAGUAUAAUUUGGGAACAAAUGUGAAAUGGAUAGCUUUUGGAGGUUCCUAUCCUGGUUCUUUGGCAGCAUGGUUGAGACAGAAAUAUCCACAUUUAGUGCAUGGAUCCAUGUCAGCCAGUGGUCCUUUACUUGCUCAGGUUGAUUUUCAAGAAUAUUUUGAGGUGGUAAACCAAGAUUUACAGAACUACAAUCCAGAUUGCUUGAAAGCUGUACAACAGGGAACCAAACAGGUGGAUGUGCUGCUCAAACACAUGGUUGGGCAAAGAAAUUUAAAUAAAUUAUUUAAACUAUGUGAUCCUGUAGAAAAAAGCAUAGAUAAUCAAAAAGACAUCGCAAAUUUAUUCGAAUCGUUGGCCGGUAAUUUUGCAAACGUCGCUCAAUAUAACAAAGACAACAGAAUUGGUAAAAACAAAGCAGGAAAAAUAACUAUUGAUAUGCUAUGUGAUAUAAUGACUAAUCAAAGCAUUGGACCUCAAGUACAUAGAUUGGCUGAAGUGAAUAGUGUGCUGCUUGAAGCAUAUGAUCAAAAAUGUUUAGAUUAUAAAUAUGACAACAUGAUUAAUGAACUUAGAAAUAUUAGCUGGGCAGGUGAACAAGCAGAAGGAGGUCGUCAGUGGACUUAUCAAACAUGUACAGAAUUUGGUUUCUUCCAAAGUUCCACAUACCAACCACAAGUUUUUGGAGACAAAUUUCCAGUAGACUUUUUCAUUGAACAAUGUGUAGAUAUUUUUGGACCUAAGUAUAACUCAACGUUUUUAAAUGCUGCUGUAAAUAGGACCAAUAUUUUAUAUGGUGCAUUGGAUAUUGAUGUUAGUAACGUUGUUUUCGUACAUGGUUCCGUGGAUCCAUGGCAUGCAUUAGGAAUUACAAAAGCAAGAAGUCCGAAUGCUCCUGCUAUUUAUAUUGAGGGGACUGCACAUUGUGCAAACAUGUAUCCAGCAUCUGAUAAAGAUCUCCCUCAAUUAACUGCAGCAAGACUAAAAAUUAAACAAUAUAUAAAAUCGUGGCUUGAAUAAUUUUAAAUAAGAUGGAAUAGUCCAAUAAAUAACAAUCUAUUUUAGGAGUAAAUAAAACUAGAUAUAUUCUUUUAA